CUGCACUUGUUCAUUACAUCGUUCUUUACCCUUCAAAUGGAUGCCCGAGAAGAUCUACCCAAAAUAUCAGUGGAGACAGAACAGGAUUGGCGACGUCUUCAGCGAAAUAUUUCAACCGCUUUUCUUGGUAGAUUGGACUUGGAACUUCAGUCUCAAGAUGCCAGUCAAGAUAGGGAUACAUUUCUGCCUCACAUAAAUCAAUUCCUUGACACACUUUUUGCGAUAACUAGACCAAAUCUCCGUAUCAACGGACGGACCACCGAAGAUCCAUGCGAUGACGAAGAAGAGAUGGAGCCUUUUGAUGAGGCUCUUGAUCGACAUAUUUGGUCACUCUCCGAUCAGCGACUGAAGUGGGAUAGGGAAAUUGCAGGCCGCCGCCGGACACGUCCCACGGAAGUCGAAGCCCUGGUUCAGGGGGUUUACGCCCAGCAUCGUGGUGUUGACAUGGAUACUGAUGCGAAUCAGAAAUCAGAACUUUCAGAUUUCGAUGACAGCCAACUCGACCCGGGGAUGGAAGAUACGUUCGUGAAUGCUGUUGCCAUGUCGGCUCAGCUUUCUCAGUCUAUUUCCAUGCAACAUGAGCGGGUAAACAGAUUCAUCACUGUUUCGAGCGAGGUGAAGGCACUGAAACCUUGACAUCUACACAAAUACAUGCUGGGACCAACAUAAUGCUGACACUAUUAUCACGAUCCCCUGAACCCGCCUCUUCCACCUCGAGGAGCGUAACCUCCACCACUGCUACCACGGCCACUUCCUCCUCUGAAACCCCCUCCUCGGCUACCCCGGU